GCAGGAUCCUGUUUUCCUUUAAGAGCUACUGAGGGCGAGUACAAUUUGAACUGUUAGCAAUUCAUUCCUCACACUGUUGUUAGUUUGAGUUCUGGAAUCAAUAACUUCAUUUCAUUUAGUCUUAAUCAAGUAAACGAUCUUAAUUCAAACGUAAGGAUUAAGACAUAGUGCGUGAAAGGAAUAAAAUUCUCUAUGAAAGAGACAUGACUAGCUGUGUUCCAACAGUACAGCAGAGGCAGGAUCCUGUUUUCCAUUAAGAGCUACAGAGGGCGAGAACAAUCUAAAUUCCAGUGUGGAGUUACUCUGUUGUUAGUUAGUGUUCUGGAAUCAAUAACUUCACUUCAUUUAGUCUUAAUCAACUAAACACCCACAAGCAUAAGGAUUAAGACAUUGUGCGUGAAAGGAAUAAUAUUCUUUAUGAAAGAUCCCGAGAAAACGGACACAGACGUCCAUAAUGGGGUCAUCGAGUAUGACCAUGACGUCAAAGAAGUAGGGGUACAGAAUGGCGACUUGGAUUGUGAGACAACUCCAAUGAAGUCGACACAGACAGAGAUAGAAAUGCAGUCACCACAAGCUUAUGCAGCGGUUAGAUUUGAAGAAAUGCUCAUUGAAGUAAUUAAUUCCUCCACCUUGUAUGUCGACUGGUGUCCUGUCCUUAACUGUGAUAAUCUAUACGGAUACAAAAUACGUUACUCAAUAACAGACAGUUCCUCAUACAAUGAGGUUUUUGUGACUCCAGGAAUAUCAAAUUACACACUAACUGGUCUAAAACCCGCGACUGAAUACGUCAUUUGUGUUAAUGCAAUAGAUGAUAACGAAAGGGUGAUACAACAGUGUGGUCUUGCAACGCAGAAAACAGUUGAAUUUGAAGAUGAGAGACGCAAUCACCUUGGUGCACCAAACUGUACGGUGAUUGCUGGGGUAAUGCUGCUACUGAUCGCAGUAGUUGUACCAGUUACCUUCCUCUUUCUGAGAAAGUGCGGGCCUUGUUCUAGUACAACUGACAACAAAAUUACUAUCAUACAGCAGGAUGCAAGAGAAGACACGGUGACAUGGAAAUAUGGAAAGGGCGGCGGACAGAAUGACCAAACAAGCAAAGAACUGAAUGUCACACAACCACGAUCUCAUCUUAGAGUGAUACAUUAUUAGAUAUCAUAUGUUAAAUAUCAUACAGCGUUUGUAAAAAAUAACUCUUUUAUAAAAAUAAUAUUACCGGUAUAUAUAUAUAUAUAUGUAUUUAUAUCACUAUUGUUAUAAACAAAGAGAUUGUGAAUGAUACUACACUUUUUAUUUCACUAUAUUUACUUUUACUGUAUAUUUUGAAUGGAAAUUCUGUAUUUUCGUAUUUUAAUAAUAUUGGUGGAAUUAUAUCAAGGACGCCCCUUUCCGCGAGGUUGCACGCGCAAUCUAACGUCAUUCACAAAAUAAACAUAAACAAAAUGGCGUCUUUCGGAAAAAGUAGGCCACCAAGAUUUGUAUAAAAAAUCACGGUAAAGGUUAAAACUGAAUUUAACAUUAUUUUAAAUAAAAACUAGAAAAUGAAUUUAUUACAAUUGAACGUGGGUGGGUCUUUUUGGCUGUUCCAUUUAGAUGGUGAAAAAAUCUAUAUCCUGACAUUUAUUUAAAUAUUCUGAUACUCGUGGAAAGCAAAUUUAUUAUCUGCUUAUUUGCAUUUCGGCCUCAGGACUUUUUUUAAAGUAACACUGCUCAUGUAAAAAUGCUACAUGUUGACUUUCGUUGAGCACUAUGUUGAGGUAUAGAUGUAGUGAAACAAAGAGUCUAUUUGUAUACAUUAUAGUUUUUUCGGAACAGUGUACACUGUAGUAAUGUCUAUCUGCUUUUGAAAAAUAUUAACAUUGACAUAACCAGCUCUGUAGUUUAUGCUUGCAAACUUUAAUUCAAAGCACUGGUCGAAAUUCGUAGAAUUUUAUUGCGCAUACUUCGAAAUUGAAAAAGUAGAAACUGCAAAGGUCGACAAAAUUCGGAAAGACAUCUGUAAUAGUCCAAAUAAACGAAAUACGAUUUACAGAAUCGAUAGACAUUUUACACUGAGAGCCAAGGAUAAACGAAAGGAAUGUCUAUCGCUGUAAAACGUAUCCCGAAUUUAUUCUACUGCAGAAACUGCCAACAAUUGCGCAUAAAACCAAAGGUGAAACAUAAAUCAUAUGUCUUAGAACUAUACAAUACAAGAUUAAAUGACCAACAUCAGUACAUUCGGUGUAACAGACGCCUUGUCUAAUAAAGUUAACUUUGAUUGAUAAAUGAGUGGCAAUAUAGACAGAAUAUUGCAUGUAUUACCAUACAGCAGAAUAAAUGAGCCGCGCCAUGAGAAAAUCAACAUAGUGGGUUUGUGACCAGCAUGGAUCCAGACCAGCCUGCGCAUCCGCGCAGUCUGGUCAGGAUCCAUGCUGUUCGCUAACAGUUUCUGUAAUUGCAAUAGGCUUUGAAAGCGAACAGCAUGGAUCCUGACCAGACUGCGCGGAUGCGCAGGCUGGUCUGGAUCCAUGCUGGUCGCAAAGGCACUAUGUUGGUUUUCUCAUGGCACGGCUCAAAUAGACUGUACACUGUAAUUGCUACACUGUUUCCCUGCAGUUAUUCUGUGUUAGAUUUGUGCAACAAUAUUGUAUUUUUAUAAUGUAAAAGGGUGAACAUUUGUUCUUUUUAUCAUUGAUUUACGUGUUAUGUGAAUUCUUUUGUUUUAAUAAAACAUUAAAAGCGAUCGAUCAUUGUGAG